GUAACGGAAAUACAUAAAUGCACUUUUAUGAGGGUGAAAUAACAAAAAGAAAAUUAACAUCUCGAUAACGAUACACAUAUAAACAGCAGUUUGUAUCAAAGAGAUGAAUAAUUGUGUUGAAUUAAUUCGCUAAAAGAUUGACAUUGUGGCGUAGGUUAGCCCGCACCGCUCUUAUUUUGAAAACCUCUCCAGGAAGUAGUUGACUCUAACGGCAGAUCGCUUCAGACUUUCAAAGAGAGCAACGGGCGCACAGUGGCUACUUGAACGAAAACGGGGGAAGCUUGCCUAAGAACCGGCUGGGCUGUUUUUAAGGGCUCAGCAUGCCACAAUACAAAUGUUGAGCGUGGGUCGGAAACAACCGUGUUUACCUUUUGAACGGCGAUAACUAACGGCCACGCCCCGUAUCCACCGACCUGAGCCCCGUACUAAAUAGCUGGCGGAGGCACAACGGUGAGCGUUUGGAAACCCAGCAGGGCGGCUUGCGAGCUCACAGCGGAGAGGAAGCAGGAGUGUCGGCUGUUUUUGGGAACCAUGAGAGAGUACAAAGUAGUGGUUCUCGGGUCCGGAGGGGUCGGUAAAUCCGCGUUAACCGUCCAGUUCGUGACGGGUUCUUUCAUAGAGAAAUACGACCCUACGAUAGAGGAUUUCUACAGGAAGGAGAUCGAAGUGGACUCCUCUCCGUCCGUCCUGGAGAUCCUGGACACGGCGGGGACGGAGCAGUUCGCCUCCAUGCGAGACCUCUACAUCAAAAACGGGCAGGGUUUCAUCCUAGUCUACAGCCUGGUAAACCAGCAAAGCUUUCAGGAUAUCAAACCAAUGAGGGAUCAGAUCAUUCGGGUGAAAAGGUACGAGAGAGUGCCGAUGAUUCUGGUGGGAAACAAAGUGGACCUGGAGGGGGAAAGGGAGGUCUCGUCCGGGGAGGGGAAGGCACUGGCGGACGACUGGAACUGCCCGUUCAUGGAAACUUCAGCCAAAAAUAAAACCUCGGUGGACGAACUGUUUGCAGAAAUAGUCCGACAGAUGAACUAUGCCUCAACACCAAAUGGCGACGACCAGUGCUGUUCGUCUUGUGUCAUUCUUUAAGAAACAGGAAAACCUUUAAGUUUUAAUCCUUGCUCGGUUUUAAGUUUGCAAUGGUAAGUUGAGACACUUUACAUUGAUAACAUUGAGCUGUCAUUAGAUACAGCUCAAAAAGUUACACAUAAACUGUCAUAAACUUGUUAAUAUAGUCUUUUGAGAGUACACUAUCAUAGUAUUUGAUUUGUUUUUGAUAUAGGCCAGCUCUCUUUCUUAAAUCUUGUUUUUUUUAUCUUAAGAAUGCAGUGAACAGGGGCGUGUUUAGGGUUGCCUGGGGUGGCACAGGCCCCGUUUGAAUAGGAUUGGCCACCUUGAGUUUCAACCUCAAAAUCGUAACUUGUAAUCGGCUAUUUGGAUGGUCAGAGGAGGGAACUUUUGGUGAAAUCAACUACCUAAAUUUAAAACAUAGAAACAGUGUUGUUUUCCUUGACAAUGACGUUGAGGAAAAUAUUUCGUUAAUGUCAUCGUCAACGAAAACAUCACUGGUUGUUUUUGCUCCCCUUUUUGUCCACGACAAAGACGUGACGUUAAUGAGCUAAACAUAAGUCUUAGAUGACUAAAAUGUGACAAGAUGAAUGUGCGUUUAUGUUGACUAGACGAAAAUGUGAGUGAUGGAUGACGCACAGAGUUGCACAAUUAAUGAGCAUUUCGUCAGUCAAACGCUAGACAUAUUUUCUGCAGCGUUUUCGUUGAUGAAAUAUUUUGGUCACCGUCAACGAAAACAACACUGUAGAAAAAUAAUUUGCACAACUAUUUCACGUGCAAAGAACGGGAUUUAAUCAAUCAAAAAAUCUCAGCUAACUUAAACUCACUAUCUCACUAUCUGAUAAAUUUAUUGUAGCUAACGAUAUGCUGUUUCUACAUCCAGUAAGCAUGAGUUCCUCAAUUUUGGCACUGCACAUCCUUUUUUUGUCGCCUAGAUGUCUCGAUUAUGAGAUUUUUGUACAACCACUCAACGGUUAACAAGUUCAAUGGUCUGGAGACUUGCUACCCCUGCUGAAGUCUGUCAGUAUGUUUACAUUAUGUUAAAAAGUAAAUUAUUCUGAUUGAAAUCUCACUACGCCAAAUUUCUUGAUUAUGCAUUGACGAUCAAUUUUUCUGUCACAUGUUACCAAACCCAGCCCAAGUAAUCCGUGCAUGCUCCAAAGUUAGCAUGCUGGGCUUUAAAUCUGAAACCGACCAGCACAAAUUCACGAAAACCUCAGUAAAAGAAGAAAAAGUAGAGUAGAAUUACAAAAGCUAAUGUCGCUCAUACAAAAUGUGAGAGCUGUGGAGCUGUUCAUGCUUUACCCGUUGACGUAUAACCUGUUAACCUCUCACUAUGGUGUUUUUACUUGAUAGUUUUGAUAUACGAUGGAAUAGCACAACUGAGAGGAGCUUUGGUAGACACUCGCUGAAAUUGGCUUUCAGCAAUCUGUCGUAGUUUAGACAGACAUCCUUUAGUUAACAUCCUUUAGAUCGUAGUCUAGUGGAAGUGCCUUGUUGAGAGGUAACUAUAGUUCAGCUUAACUGUGCAUGUAAACGUAUUGAGUUUGGCCACCCUACUCAAAGAGGUCUGAACACGCCCCUGACAGAAGGGAACUUGAAAUCUAUUGUCCUCACUAAGCAGAUUGGGGAAGUGUCUGACUCAUUUGCAGAACUGGAGGGGCAAGCUACGGCUGAGUUCACUGGCUUUACAAAGUUAGAGCUUGUAUACUGUACGCGUACAGUCUUGAGUAAUUCAAGCUAACUGCUCAAAUGGUAUUUUCCAGAAUGAGGUUAACAGGAGUCGGGAGAUUCCAAUGUUCUUGCUUGGCCUACUUUCAAAGAUCAGCAAGUUGUUUUUUUCUCGAGCCGGGUUCAAAAUUAGCACUGAAGGUUUGUUUUUUUCUCUGUCUUGUCUGCAAUUGUAGCUCAUUCAUGCCUCUUUUUAUCUUUUGUUUGUGGCAGUGUGUUGCAGCAAGUGUGCACUGUUGAGCUCUUCUUCAUGUCUCACCCUGGCCUUGGAGAAAAAUACAGGGAGGAAUGCAGCAGGGGGAAGAGAGGAGGAGGAGGGGAGCCACAGAGACAGAGGGAGGGGUCCACUCUUCAGGAUUUCUGCUGGGUUGGAGUAUCUUUGCUGCACGAUCAGUGUCUGUCAUUGAUGCCAACACAGUGACUGAGAGUUUCAGCGACACCCCUCUCACCUGUUCCAACUGUACUCACAACUGGAGCCAAACUCCAGUGGAAAUGAUAUGGAGGGCAACACUUAAGAGACACUCAUAAAUGGAUAUUUCUGUAUAAGAAGAAGACAGAGAGAGUAUAUUUUGUUAAUAACUGCACAGUGUGGGGCGGGUAUAGACUGGAGUGAUGUCUCUGCCUGACCCAUCAUGGAGAAAUUCUCCUCAACACUCCAAAUCCUUUUUUUUUUUUUCAUGUCAAAAGUCAACAGUAAUUGACCCUGCUUUUCUGCUGGUGGAGUAAAUGUGACGAGUGCCACUUUUUUUGUCAUCACCUCUUCAGUGUGCGAGAGGACCUUAACUGAAGUGACACGGGGACGGUGACCAUAUAUCCCUUGUGUCGAGUGCCUUUCCGAAAACAAAAUCAGCUGUUCAGAUUUAGUGCCAACUAACGUAUAUCACCAAAAGAACCCUUCGUCACGGCAAUCCGAAAUUGAGUGAACUAAACGUCUGGAUUGUGGGGUGGAGGCUGAAAAACAGAAACUAUGAUAGGAUUUUAAUUCAAGGAGUGGCGGUUUUCUGUAUGUUUUACGUUGGCCUUUUUAAAGUCUAAGUUGUUCAUUUUGCAUUGUCUGCUUAGUCUGAGGCCAAACUUUUAUCUUGAAAUGCACAGGUACUGGAAUCCCCUAAAGACGUGACAACAACACCACCAAACGCUUACUUUCCAGUCCACCUUAAAUCAAGUUCUGUUCAUGUUUAUUUUGUUGUUUUUAACAGGAAAUGUGAUGAUGUACCGUUGACAAAUUUAACCUGAUUGUAAGUUGAAUUUCAGAUCAGCCGUUUAACAGUGGGCUGUCUGUUUUAAAAAUAAGACUUUUAAUACAAAUUGAAUUUUUAAAAAAACAAAA